CGCAGGCGUACACCACGUACACCGAUGAUCAGCGCUGUCUUGCGAACUUGAUGCUAGCUGGCUAGCUAACGGUCUGUCAAGUCGCACACAUUGGGCUAGAAGGGGGAAGCGCAGCGGUGGAGAAGAAGGGCGACCCAAGCGCCGCUACGAAAUGGCCGGGCAACAGUUCCAGUACGAUGACAGCGGCAAUACCUUUUUCUACUUCCUAACGUCCUUCGUCGGACUUAUUGUGAUCCCAGCCACCUAUUACCUCUGGCCCCGGGAUCAGAAUGCUGAACAACUUCGUCUGAAGAGCCUGAGGAGGGUACAUGGCAGGUGUCUGUGGUACCGGCUCAGGCUGAUGAAGUCACAGCAGAGCAUUGUCCCAACACUAAAGAAAGCAGCCUUGUUAUUUGGUUGGGCUGUGUUCCUGCUGCUAGCCUACAAGGUGUCCAAGCUGGACAGAGAGUACCAGGAGUAUAAUCCAUAUGAAGUCCUCAACUUGGACCCGGGGGCAUCGCUGUCAGAAAUCAAGAAGCAAUACCGUGUACUGUCACUCAAGUACCACCCUGACAAAGGUGGUGAUGAGGCCACAUUUAUGAGAAUUGCCAAAGCCUAUGCUGCUCUGACCAAUGAACAGUCACGACAGAACUGGGAAACCUACGGUAACCCAGAUGGCCCAGGAGCAACCAGCUUUGGUAUUGCCCUGCCUGCCUGGAUUGUUGACCAGAAGAACUCAAUGCUGGUGCUAUUGGUAUAUGGACUAGCCUUUAUGGUCAUCCUUCCUGUUGUCGUGGGCACAUGGUGGUACCGCUCCAUCCGAUACAGUGGAGACCAGAUCCUCAUUAACACUACCCAGCUCUUCAUGCAUUUCAUGUACAAGACGCCCAACAUGAACAUGAAACGGUUAGCCAUGGUGUUGACAGCAGCAUUUGAGUUUGACCCUCGCAGCAACAAAGAAGCCACCAUACGACCAACAGAUAACAUUGAAGUGCCUCAGUUGAUCCGUGAGUUGGGAAACAUCAACGUGAAGAAGAAGGAGCCUCCAUUUUGCUAUCCUUACAGUUUGAAGGCCAGGGUCUUAGUGCUCGCUCACCUGGCACGCAUGGACGUAUCAGAGGAGUUAGAAGAAGAUCAGAGGUUUGUGGUGAGGAAGAGUCCAGCUCUCCUGCAGGAGAUGAUCAACGUGGGCUGUCAGCUUACCAUGAUGGCCAACAGCAGAGGAGGUUUCCACGCUCCUCGACUAGUAACCAUAGAGAAUUGCAUGAAGCUGACCCAAAUGAUAGUGCAGGGUCUGCAGGAGUCAAAAUCACCACUGUUGCAGCUGCCCCACUUUGAGGAAGAGCACCUCCGCUACUGCAUCUCUAAGAAGUAUAAAGUUCGGAGCCUCCAGGACCUGGUGAGCCUCAAGGACUCCGACAGACGCAGCAUGCUGCGUUUCUUGGGGGAGGAGAAGUAUGAUGAGGUCAUGGCUGUGUUGGGCAGCUUCCCUCACAUCACCAUGGAUACCAAACUACAGGUCCUUGAUGAUGAAGACAGCAAUAACAUCACAGCAGGCUCUAUUGUCACAGUAACUGUCACCUUAACCAGAAAACGGAUGGCGGAGGUGUUUGAAAAGGAGCAGGACUCAACGCCAUGUCUAGCAGAGGAGGCUGCCACUACAGAGGAAACGCAAGGAGACACGAGUAAAACCAAAACAAAAGUGUGGCAGAACAAAAGUAAAGGGGCUAAGAAGACAGCCAAGUCCAAGAAGAAAAAAUUAACCAAGAAGAAGGCCACUCCUGCACCUGCCAAAACCAAGCAAGCCAAUGGCAAUGUAGCAGGAAAUGAAGUUGUAGCAGCAUCAGCAGCAGCAGCAGUGAAGGAGGAAGAGGACGAGGCCUCGGACAAGGGCAGCGAGUCGGACGAGGGCGAAGCCAACAAGGACUCUCCCAGCGAGAGAGACGAAGACAGCGACAAACAAAGCGACACAGAGGUGGACGAGAUGGCCGGUGACGAUGAAGAGGAGUGGGAGGCGUUGCAGCAGAGCAUCCAGCGGCGAGAGCGGGCCCUGCUAGAGACCAAGUCGAAGGUGACGCACCCCGUCUACAGCCUCUACUUCCCCGAGGAGAAGCAGGAAUGGUGGUGGCUCUACAUCGCAGACCGCCGAGAUCAGACCCUCGUCUCCAUGCCCUACCACGUCUGCACACUAAAAGACACAGAAGAGGUGGAGCUGAAAUUUCCAGCGCCCUCCAAAACGGGCAACUACCAAUAUUCUGUCAUCCUCCGCUCUGAUUCCUACCUGGGACUGGACCAGAUAAAACCACUCAAGCUGGAGGUCCACGAGGCCAAGGCCAUGCUGGACAACCACCCACAGUGGGACAUCCCCGACACAGAAGAGGAGGACGAGGAGCAGGAGGACAGCGAUGGCAUCGAGGAGAGUGAAGAUGACGACGAGGACAACGAUUAAAUGCGGAUACGCACACACACACACACACACACACACACACACACACACACACACACACACACACACACACACACACACACACUCACUCAGCCACCGCCCUCCACCAAUGGACUGGCCACCCACCCACUCCUGACCCCACAACAGCGCUCAAGAGCAGUGAACGAGGAGCAGCAACGCUGUGCCCACCACACAAACACACACACACACAAAACACACACAGAAUCACCAGGGACAGUUUAUACACACAGAGAGCCCUCCUCCCCUUCGUCCUCCAUUUUAUCUCUACAAUGACAUGGACUGUGACCCCGCCCCUUCAUUCCUCUUUUCUACAGAGACUUGUUCAUUCACUUUCCGUUGCUGGCGGAAGAGAAUUCUGUGAAUACUUAUCCAGGCCCGUGUGUGUGAGUGGAUGUGCAUGUGGGAGUGUGCGUGUGUGGGCAAAUGGUGUGCGUGUUUGUAACCUUGUAUGUGUUUGUAUAGGUAUGAAAGAUUGACACACUGUGGACUGGAGGACCUAUUAUCUGGGCUCUUCUUCUUCUUUUCUUGAGGGGGAGAGGUGGAUGUAUAACAGCUAAUUCCCUUUGCGAAAUUAACAACCCACCCCCCCCACCCCACGUGACCUCCUGUAUUGGAAAUCAUGACAUCGCUCACGCUCCAAAUUUUAAAACCACCCAGGCACCAAUGUUUUCCGCACCAAUGAUACUUUCUAUUUUACACUGAAAACUGCAGAAGUGUGAGCUUCAGCCCUGUUCACCGGGGGAUCACAUCCGAGUCAAGAAGUGGGACGUUUGCUCCUUUUCAGCGCACGCCGCAUGGGGGCACAGUUGAGUCUCGUCAGGUUUGUUUUUUUUGUCCUGUUUUUCUGCUGUCACACCAGCCAGUCACUUGUAUGUACCUGUACUCACUGUAUGUUGAAGGAGACGUCUACAGAUGAUCUCAAGUCGGUUCUGUUCAUGAUGUUCUGUUCUUCCCGUGGUCCACGUCGAGCUGUGUUUUUCUGAAUGAGACAACUGUCGGUUGAAAGCAGGUGGAUUUUGAAAUGAAUUAUGACCUCAAGUAUAAUGGGGGAAAAUGACAAAAUUUGCAGUGUUAAGAUUUGUUUGAACUACGAGUACUUUUCUUGUCCAUAUACUACAUAAAGUUGUGCGUUUUCAGUCUUUUUAAGGGGCUCAGAUACUGAUAUAUAAAUAGAUAUAUACAUACUUGUGGCUUUUCAGAGAAGUGACUUCCUUUCUCUUCAUCCUUUUUUUUGUUUUUUAGUUUUACAAUUGUAGCACAUUCCAGUGUAUACUUACUGUCCAAAAAGGCCUUACGAAUACAACUGAAAUAACACAACAUACAAGUCCUUGGGUGCUAUGCACUAGUAGUUCUUGGGAGAGCAGGAAAAAAAAGGUUUAUUUUGUUUGUAAAAAAUCUACAGUGUUUUUCUUUUGUUUCAGUUUAGAGUUAGUCUCUUCAUAGUAACCUAUAGUCUUGGAACACAUAUCACUGAUUUUGUCAUGAAAAAGCCUCUAAGAAGUACGGUUCUGUAUGCUGAAAAAGGAUUAGCAGUUGUAUGUGACAUGUGACUGGCCCUGUGUUAAAGGGAUUGGAGUAUGAGGUCCUGGACACACAGCACUCAUGUCCUGAAAAGUGUCUCGAACAAAAAGCUGUUGAAAGUAACUUUUCUGUGUAAGACUAAGCAUAUUCUGUCCAGCACUUUUUCUUUUUCUUAGUCAUUAAAGCAGAACAAGCUUAGUUUUGUAAGUACAACUGCCAUUUCAGAUGGAAAGUGUUGUUUUGUUCCAUCAAAUCUGGAGGAUUUUUUUUGUUUUUGUUCUUACGGAGGAACACAGAGCAGUUCUGGCCAACCAAGAGAACCCCCUUUCAUUUAAAAUUAGUUGGGUUUCUUUGUCCCAGUUAAACUGUAGUUAUAACAAAUGUAACACAUACGUCUUUGUCUGUUUUGUUCCAUUCUAACUUUUCGUUUUUACAUCUGUUAGACUCAUGAGUGCAAAAAAAAAAAAACUAAAGAAAAUCAGAGCUUCCUUGUGUAGUUCUGCGGGCUCUCAGUGUAUGUUGACGACUUGGCAGUUUUUAAAAGAAAUGACUCAGCCUUCACCAUAAAUAUCCACACUCAACAGUUCAUUUUAAUGGUAUAUACCAGUGUGUCGUGUUGGUGUGGGAGAGAUAAAAGUAUGAAUAUCUGUGGGCACGCUCUCCCGAUCACCACAUACACACACUCACACAAACUGUCACACGUGCACUCUACCCUCCUGUAAUUGUGUUCAAGGCAGGUGUAUGCUAACAGGUAAUAUUGUACUCUGAGUAUUUAUCGCUCUGCAAUAGAAUGUAGCAUCAGUGAUUUACGCUGUGUGGAAAAAAAAAAAACUGCAGUGAGGUUAAAUACGACACCAUCUCUCCCAUGACAGACCAUGUCCAGGCGAUUGGCCGGCAGGCCGCCUCAGUUUGGACAAACUACCCAAUGACUAUCUAUCUGCCACUUUUGUUUACAAAGGAACUGUCAUUGUAAAUGGAAAAAUAUAUUAUUUGUAUUUAAAAUCAUUUCAAAUAAAAACUUUUAAAUGA